AUGCAAGAGGAAUUGGAACUUUGCUCUUUGGAUAUGUUAAGCUACAAGCAUGGAUUGUCAUCUGAUGCCCUACCAAACACGAUAACAAAGUUGAAGUUGAACACCACCAUCUCACCUGGUCUUCUGCCACCAUCCAUCACCAAACUACAUCUUGAACACAAUCAACGUAUCACACCGGGUGUGUUGCCGCCAUCACUGUUGACGCUCAAACUUGUUGGAAAGUUCAACUCGUUGAUUGAUCCAGGAACCCUCCCAGCCAGCCUCACCACGUUGACAUUGGGCCACUCGUUCAAUCAAACAAUCGAAGGCAUAUUCAUGAACAUUCAACUCAAACAUCUCAAACUUGGUGAUGCCUUCAAUCAACCUAUCACGACAAGUACCUUCCCUCGGUCUCUCAUUGCUUUGAGCUUAGAGGGGGAGAAGUUUAAACAGGUGUUGCCACGAGGAUCACUCCCACCCUUGCUCAAACACCUCUCCUUUGGAUCAGGCAUAGACGGCAACUCAUUAAUGCUUAAGAGCACCUUUGCCAACAUUGGAUCACUUCAGCAUUCACUCCGAUCGUUCACCAUCGGCUACUCAAAGUUCGCCCCGUUGCCAAUGGGAUUCAUUCCGCCAACCCUCACCAAGCUGACUCUGUUGGGAAAGUUUCCAUUAAAGUCGUUGAAGGGUACUAUCCCAUUGACCCUGCUGUCCCUGGAUAUCGAUUGCGUGUAUGAUUCUACUGGCGACAUUCCUCGCGGCACAUUCCCACCGUCCCUCACCGAGUUGAUGCUGCCUAGGGGCGGGACAAUUACCGUCCACGACACUUGGCCUGUGGGCCUGCGCAAGCUGUCCAUCCCAAGCCUCAGUUUCAUCAGGCAGAUUGAGCAUCUUACACAUCUCGACUAUGUGCUAGUGGACGAGGAGAUCAUGAUACGUGGACCAGCAAUCUUGGCGCAGCCAUCCAAACUACGAUGUCGACAGUUAAAGCUCAAGGUAACCUCCACGAUUGACGACGACGACUGUUUUGGUAUGGACCUUCCACACUUUAUUGGACGGUCGUUGACAACCUUUCCCAGAGCGAGGACUCUCGAAGUGGAGUACGGCGACAUCUCCAUCCCCUGUCUUCGAAGGAUUGCCUCCAAGGGCGUAUUGUUUGAUGGUAACUUCUUUCAUCGCGACAUGUUUGGAUUCAUGAGGUUGGCGGACAAGCACUUUGUACCAGAGCCAAACUGGAGAAGCAAUGAUGCCUAUGGUUAUGACGAUGAUUAU